AUGGUGUUGAAGAGCAAGUUAGUGUCCAACCACGUCAGAGACCUUGGCGAUGUCUUUGAAAUUCUGAGAAAGUACAGGCUGCGCCUGAAUGCGUCCAAGUGUUCAUUCGGAGUGGGGUCAGGGAAAUUUUUAGGUUACAUGGUGACCCAUAGAGGUAUUGAAGUCAUCCCCGACCAAAUUAGAGCUAUCCAUAGCCUGCAGCUUCCUCGAAACCCCAAAGAGGUCCAAAAACUCACCGGCAUUAUUGCCGCCUUAAACCGUUUUAUCUCCCGCUCGGCGAACAGGUGCAGGCCUUUCUUCCUCUUAUUAAACAAGUGGAAGGGGUUCGUGUGGACUGAAGAAUACGCCUUAGCCUUCCAGCAGCUUAAGGAGUAUCUGUCUCGACCGCCAAUCAUGUCCAGUCUUGAAGCCGACGAGGUUUUAUUCGCCUAUAUUGCUGUGGCCCCUCACGCAGUCAUCCUAGUGCUAAUCCGGGAAGACAACGGCACACAACGGCCUAUCUACUACGUGAGCAAAUCAUUGCAUAAAGUAGAAAUCCGUUACCUCCCCCUCGAAAAGGCUGUCUUGGCAACUUUGCUGUUUUGUGUAGAUCAAGAAGCGGUUAUUCAGAUACCAAAUAAUGAGACAGUUCCAGCAGUCAUUAUGUUUGGAGACUCCAUCGUUGAUACGGGCAACAACAAUGGUCUUAUAUCAGCGAUGAAGUGUGAUUUUCCUCCUUAUGGGAGAGAUUUUAAUGGAGGAAUGCCAACGGGAAGAUUUUCAAAUGGAAAGGUUCCCUCAGACUUCUUAGUGGAAGAAUUGGGAAUUAAAGACCUCCUACCAGCUUAUAGGGAUCCAAGUUUGCAGCCCAAAGAUCUCUUGACAGGUGUAAGCUUUGCAUCUGGUGGCACAGGAUACGAUCCUUUGACACCUAAAAUAGUGUCAGUCAUACCACUAUCUGAGCAAUUACAAGAUUUCAAGCAAUACAUAGGGAAGUUGAAAGGAAUUGUUGGAGAAGAGAGAACAAACUUCAUAUUAGCCAAAAGUGCAGUGUUUGUGGUGGCGAGCAGCAAUGACAUUGCCAAUACCUAUUUUCUUACUGGAAUAAGGAAAGCCGAAUAUGAUAUUCCAUCUUAUGCUGAUCUUUUACUCAAUUCAGCUUCUAAUUUCAUCAAGGAACUAUAUGGAUUGGGGGCACGAAGGAUUGGUGUUUUCAGUGCACCACCACUAGGAUGUGUGCCAUCACAGCGACUUUUGGUUGGAGGCUCAGAAACUAAGUGUGCAAAACAACCCAAUCAAGCAUCACAAGUGUUCAAUGAUAAACUUUCUAGGGAGUUGGGUUACCUUAACAACAAUUUGCCUAAUGCAAAGGUGGUCUAUAUUGAUGUCUACAACCCCAUACUUGAUCUCGUAACAAAUCCAAAGAAAUAUGGCUUUGAGAUUGCAAAUAAAGGGUGUUGUGGCACUAGAACUGUAGAGGUAGCAAUACUUUGCAACCAAUUAGACCAUCAUCACACUUGUACCGAUGACUCUAAGUACGUGUUUUUUGACAGUUAUCAUCCUACAGAAAAAGCUUACAAGAUAAUUGUCAAUCAGCUCAUUACAAAAUAUAUCUACAACUUCGUUUGAGAUUGAUGAUUUUCCUCAACUCUCAAUUAAUUAUCAACCAGACUUUGCAAAUUCUUUUUCCUCUUAUUGAAAUGGGGAUCGCCCUAUUUUCUUUAUGAAA